UGCAUUAAGAUUAGAUCUUAUAUGCUACAUAUAUCAAAUCAUAUUUGCACCUCUUCUCCACCUACCUAGCUUCACACUAGCUAGUUGCACUAAUACACCAAUUUUCUUAUCAAGUUCACCAAGAAUUACCAUUUCUAGUGUUGGGAUCAUGGGAGAGCCUUCUUCUUCAUCUGCUUCAUACAUUCAUAUGGUGCAACACCUAAUUGAGAAGUGUUUGAUCUUUCACAUGACAAAGGAAGAAUGCAUGGAAGCUCUUUCUAAGCAUGCAAAAAUUAAGCCUGUCAUAACUUCCACUGUUUGGAAUGAGCUUGAGAAAGAGAACAAAGAAUUUUUUGAAGCGUAUGCAAAAUCAAAGAGUAAAGACGAACGAAUGUCCGAGGAAGAGACAAACCAGAUGCUACAGAAAAUCAUCUCAGAUUCCUCCAAAGGCUCUACCAAUGACUAAAAUCUUAUUACUCCAUUGAAAACGAUUCAUCUCUUAUCUCUACCUAUUUCAUUUCAUCAAUUUGCAUCACUCCAAAAUUACUAUCAUAUCUCUCUAGCUAGGCACUUUCAUAUGUGGUCCAUAUGUAUUGCAUGCAUAUAAAUUGUUGGUAUUAUAUUGUUGUAGUAAUUGUGAUAUAUAUUGUAAAUUACUCUAUUUAUCUGUCGAAAUAAUAAUUGUCAAAUUUGUAAAUUAAA